GUGAUGCAAUCACUUCGCGGCGACGCAGGUUAUAGCUUUCGAUCUUUGGAUGAUAUUUAUUAUUACGGUGGCCAACAAGAGCACUUGCUGGUCGCCGUGUAUCCGCAUUCGCCCAAAGCACCUUUUGAAAUCGAGCUUCGUGAAGGCGACCUUAUCAGCAUAGCCGGCAACCACUGGGACGGCUUUAGUCUGGGAACGAACAAAAGGACAGGGCAUACGGGUGUGUUUCCGUCUUUCAAAGCAAGAGAGAGGUGGAAAGAGUGA